GUGGGACGAAGGCAGCGAGGAAGAGCCCGAGGCCGAAGCGAAGAGAGACGGGGCUGUGGGCGAAAGGAAAGCCGGCACGCCUGGAGCUCUUUCCUUCUCUUGUGGUUCCGAGAGCAGAGAAGAGGCUGCAGCAAUGGAGAAACAGUUCAACCUAAUGACGAAAGGCUUCAGCGAGCUGCGGGAGGUGAUCGACCGGAAGCCGCAGACCCGCGUGUGGAACCCUCCCGCCAGCAGCAAGACCAACCCGAGCAGAGCGUCCCAAGUGAUCCAGCAGUAUUACAAGAAACAGGUUACACAACAAAACAUGACUCCCUUACUGGAGGGCUACAUGACUGAAGUGGAGAACUUGCAGAAAGGUUUCCUCAUGCGGCCCGGCUGCCCAAAGUACAGCCAUAUGGCAACUUCGACAUCUGCACUUGACAGCCCUUUCCCAAAAUCGAGUCGACCACUCAGUAACCUGAGCACCAUGGCGUUGUCUUCCCAGUUGUCCUUGGAUGACUUGAAUGCGGACUUUUCCUAUUCAGAACCCAUCAGUUUUGGCUAUCGGACUGUCCCAGCCACAUACAGCCAAAGCAUGGAUGGGCUGCAGAACCUGAAAAACGUUACCGAACUCUCGGUUUACCAUCCCCAAGUCAGAAUCCAGUCUCCGGCCAAAGUUCCGUGGUACGUCUCUGUGCUCCAGGAGAAGGAUCAACUUCUCCAGCAGCUUGGGUCGGAGCUGAACCGUCUCUCCAAUUGCGAGGCGGAGUGCGUCCGGAAGGACGAGCUGAUCUCCGUCCUCCGGGAGGAAGCUGACAACAUACAGGGGCAGCUGGAACUGCUCCAGAAGGGCGGCAUCCUCGACCAAAAGGUGGCCCCCAAAGUGAAGGAAAUGGCCAAAGAAGCCAAGGAAGAAGCGUUUGAAGAAAGAGCGCCUCGGAGAGGCUGGUUGUCGCCAGCCCUCUCAGGGCAAACGAACGUCCCAGAUGAGUUUAGACAAGAGAUAGAGCACUUUAAAUUCGAGUUAGCCCAGUCGGACAAAGCACUGGGCCACAAGGUGAACAUCCUGUCUGAAACGCUGUUGAGGAACCAGGAAGAGCUGGAGGAGCUCGAAAAAGAGUACAUAGAGCUGCAGCAAAAGGAAAACGAGGAGAGCAGGGAAGAGGUACUCUGCAGCCUUGGAUCCAGAGCGGUUUUGGUGGGAGAAGUGGAGCAGGAGCUGGAACCUGAACCGGGAGGGGAAGAGGAAACCACCCUUCACAAGCUCCAGGAGUCCCAGAGAAUGAAUGACGAACUGUACAGCGAACUGGAGAAAGUGAAGAACAACUACGACGUGGCAUCCGGUGCCAUUUCUUCCUUGCAAAGGCAGCUCUCCUUUGUGGAGUCUCAGCUUCGCAGAGCCCACGCAGAGCAGGGCUUGCUCCAGAAGGAGCUUCAGGAACGAGGAAAUCAGCUGGAAGCGAUGACUACCAAGUUUUGCAACCUGCGGGAGGAGAGGAAGCAUGAAGAAAUGAUGGGCACCAUUGAAAGAGAAAAUAACGCACUUCGGCAGGUGGUCUCCGACCUGGAGUCCAAACUGGCUGAGAAGACCCAGCAGAUUGAUGAACUGCACGCUGAUAUCAACCGGCUUCAGGCCCAGCUGGUGAUCAACCAGCACCACACCGGCAAGCAGCUGAUCCAGCAGAAGGAGCUGCAGAGGCAGCUGGACAUCCUGCGGAGGGUGGAGCAGCAAACCAGGGUCAUGCUGGAGGCCGUCGGCACCAGGUUUGAAAGGUUUCGAAGCAAAAUCCUCCAAGCUACCUACAGUUCUCCCAGCACCAAAUUGCCCCAGUCAGAAAUUGGAGACGACGAGGUGUUGGAGGCCUUGCAGAAAAUAAUAAAUGACCGUCUGGAAUUCUACCAAAUGCUGCGGCAGAAGGGGGUGAAACUCCCAGCUCUGAGCAUGGAACAAACGGUGACACCACCUUCUCCUUCGAAGAAAAAGAGCUCAAGCAAAUAGGGCCGUGUGUGUUUUUGUCUUUGAUGGAACUUCUGAAUGAAAAAAAGGCUUUUCUUCUCAUUCAGUUUUUGAGGCGGGGUCCUGUUCUUUUCAGAAGAAUCCUCCCGAUUCCAGCUCUGAUUAAAGCAGGUGUGUCCAAUGCUGGCCUUCAGAUGUUCAUGGACUACAGUCCCCAUCAGCCCCUGCCAGCAUUAUGUAGGCAGGGGCUGAUGGGAAUCGUAAUUCAUGAGCAUCUGGACGGGAAGGGUCGGACACCCCUGGAUUAAAGAAUGUUGACUUUGCGGUGAUUCUCCCCCACCCAGAGAAAUCCAACCCCUUAGAAAAAUACGUGGGGAAACUAAACACUAAUGGGACUCCGUUCGGAGAUCACGAACAAACUACAGUUUGUUUGUGGCUAGAACAAGUCCUAUUCAUUCUGAGGUUUGCAUAUUCCCUUCCGCCUUCUGUCUCCCUUCAUACGUGAGACAAGAUGGUUGACUUUUAGCGUAGGUGGUGUUCGAUUAAAUGGCAACAGCGAGUCUCUGUUUUUAGUUGGAGAUGAAAGGGUUAAGGGUGUGAGUGGGCAGGGCAAAAGCCUCACCUGGCCACACCCACUUUUUAAAAGCACUCAGAGGGUGCCGGGGAAAGGUGUUAGCAGGCACCAUGGUCCCCAUGUUUAGUAACUCCUAGUUUAGAUUAUGCUGAAUGAACACAAACAAAAGCCGUGUGCACACCUAAUUUCACUUUUAGAUGCAAACAACAUUUCAGAUACGUUUAUUGUGUUACAAAAAGGAAAAAAAGAGAGAGCUAUAAAAAUAACACAUUUCCCCCCCGAAGAUAUCAUUACAAUAAAACAAAACAGAUCACACAAUUCAUGACUUGACUUGGUUGAGCUGCACAUGUGAAUAUGUUAAAAGGCUAUCCUGAAUUCCCAGCUUCUCUUUUAGUAAGCCCAGAAUCAGAGUAGGGACCAAACAUCAAGGUAAAUGCAGAAAGGGAAACAAGGAUUUCUGGAUUUUUACUGGCUACCUCUCUGAGAAAUGAGGAGAAGGAGGAGUUUGGAUUUAUACCCCCCCCCCCCUUUCUCUCCUGUAGGGGACUCAAAGGGGCUUGCAAUCUCCUUGCCCUUCCCCCCUCACAACACCUUGUGAGGUAGGUG